AUGGAGCAAGAGCAGAUGAUGUUCUACCCCUCGUCGGCCUCCACCAGCGCCACGGGAACCCCGCCAGUGACGAGUACCAACAAGAUGAACAGUACAACUGCGGGGUCGUCAACAUCAGUCCAGAAUUUCAGCGAGCGUAGUCGGCGAUUUCGGCAGUUCAAAAGUGGCUUGGACGAAAAUGGAGAACUACGAGAACGCAGAUGGGGCGCGCAGGUGGUACUUCGUCGUGCGGACAAGCGAGAGGAAAUCGCACACAAAAGGCGCAUGCGAGGAAGUGACGUCAACAUCGAGAAUCCCAGCACGACCACGUAUUGGCCUACCGCAUCCUGGACCUCUACCAAGAACGGCUACGCCUCUUCUACUUCUACCAUGAAUGGAAACUACUACCUGGUGCAGAACCAGAAUGGUAAUGGGGGACAUCAGGGAAAUGCUGAAACUCGAAAUGGAACCGUUGACGCUGAUGAACGGCGUAUGCGUGAGUUGUUGGAUCAAAACGUAAAUAACUCUGACUCUGGCACCACUGAACAUGCGCUAACGAAGACGAAUCGAGGAACAUCAAGUAGGUUUGGAGAUGUACUAGAGCCAUCAGACAGGCAAUGGCAAAGAGAGAAAAUGAACACAAGUCCCAGCUUUGAAACUACUUUUCUUGGUGCAAAUAUUAACACCGUGACGUCGUCGCCUGACGAAACCAACAUAGACUAUGACGAGGACGAGGAGAAUUGCAGCAUGAAUGCAAAUAACCUGAUCGAGGAUGGUGGAGGACAGUCCGGAACUGGAUACGGUGUUCUUGGGACCACUGGGCCUUCUUGGGCGUUAUUACCUGAAAACCGAGUCUUGAACGGUGGACUGCAGGGACUGCAGAUUUGGUGCCACAAUGCCACUAUAUCGGAGCUCGCGUACGUUCUCAAGCUAGGAGCACAUUUCGUCACGACAAAACCAGAAAAUAAUAUAUCGAUCAGGGAGCACUUUGCAGAACUGUGGACUAACUACAAUCUUCGACAGAUGAAUCGUACGAUGCAGCCUAAGCCUAAUGCAACUUCUGGCUCUACUAGCACGACCAGGUGGAACAACUUCUCAAAAAUGUUGGGAGGACGACAGCAAGAAGCGAUGAUGAAGGCAAAAUCCGGGCGAGGACCAGGACAAGGACGGCCACAAGUACCCAGAAUAAUCGGUACGGAUGUCAACAUCUUUGAACCUACGUCCCGCACCCACCAGAGCCAGACCUCUACUAGUGCCUCUACCUCUUGGGAACAAGAAGAUGAGCAGCUCCAGCUUUAUAUUCGUACACCAGGUGGUAGCAAUCGGAGGUUGUCCUCACUAUCCACCUCAACUAGUACAACAUCAGCGUCGCCAAAGGGAGGCGGACACGAAGUCGAACGAGAACAAGUUAGUAAUCCGACCACCGAAAUGACCGAGACGGACAACAUGUUCUUGAUGAACAGGAGGAAUAGUUGUACCAAGAACCCGACGUCCAAUGAGAAUGACCACAUACAUCCUCAUCCUCCUAGAAUACCAUGGCCCUUACUGAAUUUCGCCAUAGUAGAGACGCGACAGAGACUCGCUUGCGAUCGGGAUCAUGUUCCUAUCCAACCGUGCGUGGAUGCAGGGAUGGUCCCAAGUCUCAUGGCGCUACUCCUCACGGUCGAUGACGCGCAGUUGAGGUUUGAGCUCUGUUGGGCGUUGACCAACAUUUCUAGCGGCACUGCGGCGCAGACGGCAGUGGUGGUUCAAGAAGGUGGACUCAAAGCUUUUCUGCAGUUGCUGCGAUCGCCAGUGGCGCUGGAACUCGAUGGUAUGAUUGAUGUUUGUAGAGAACAAUAACCACUAGAUUGAAUUGAAUAGAUUGAAGAUUCGAUAGAUUCUUAAAAUUUCCUUGGAUGAGAUUGAGAAGUUGUACUAGUAGCUAGUAAGAAGUGUGUAGACUCCGACUCGGGCAUUCCCACCAAGAAGUAGAACUUUGAUAGUAUCUUUUGUCCUACACCACGUCCACCCCUGCAACCUGUCAGGUCGCAUCUGCGACCAAUGUGUGUGGGCCCUGGGCAACCUCUGUGGAGACGGUCCUCGUUACCGCGACGUCUUACUUGCAGAUGGUGGGAUGUUUUUACUGAGGGAGCUGUGUCUGCAGUUAGGCGGACUGCCAUGGCCGAGGGACAAGAAGCUGGAUCUCCAGAGGAACUUGAUGUGGACCAUGGGCAACAUGUGUCGCGGCACCCCGAAACCAGCACUAGCUCGCGUAGGACCCGCGGUUGAUCUUUUCGCUACGGUCCUGUGUCGAGAUUUGAUACAACAGCAUCAAGGUGCAGAUGAUGAAUUGCGAGACGCAGAAGCGUUGUACGAAGCACUGUGGGGCUUGAACUACCUGCUGCAGCCUCACAUCACCCGCGCGGAACUGCGAGAGGCUGCAUCGCAUCGAAUAUGUCUUGCCGCGCAGAAAAAACUCAUCUCUCGACUCUUGAACAGGAAUAUACCGAAAAGUCGCUUUGCUGACGUAGACAUGGAUGUUGAGCAAGUAGAGAGCAUUCACCAGAAGAACAAGGGUGAUCAGGAUGAAACGAUGGAUAUCAUCGAAGAAUCAGAUCGAGCAUGCAUGGCGUUUUUGGAUGUCUCUCCGACUGGGACCGUAGUUGCAUUAGGAAGCAAUAGUUGUACGAGCACAAGCACAAGUACAACUACAUCAGAACCAGAAGUAGUUCUACUUCAGCAAGGCCACGGUGGAAGCUGUAGUUCAUCCUUGCUCGUUGUCGUAGCUCUUUCCACCUACUUCGUAGAGAACAUCAAAUACCGAUGGGUCACGACGAAGAUCCUUACGUCUCUGGCUUCGGCGCCGAGUGGUCAGCCGCUUGAGCGAAUGCUCGAGGCCUGUCCGGCGCUCCUCCCCGCAGUUUUGGCAUUCCUAACUUUUCCAGAGGGUUCAAGUCUUGACGAGCUGCUAAAAAACAAGCGAGGAAUAAACUCGAGAAGCAAGGAAACUCGUGAGGAUGCAGUUCACGAUGUAGUUCGUAUGGAACAUGGGGAUGGGGCGGAUGGCCCAACAACGACCACAACAACAUCUUCUACUCCUGCUCCUGUAGCGCCUGGUCGAGGAACUACGCCUGCUGGUCGUGGUGAGUUUGGGAGGUCUCCAGCAGCGCACCAACAGCCCGUGCAUGUGGUAGAUGGCUUUCGAUUUUCAGCGUUGGGGUAUUCGAUGAAGAAAUUGUGGCAGCAUAAGCGGGAGUGCUGCUAUCUCCUCAGAGCAAUAGCCACAUCAGAUGUCGACUUCGCGAGCAGUGCCUUUUGGCAUGUUGACUCAUCUACUACUUUACCCUCUCUGCGUAUACUGCGAGAUGUUGCGUCUGGCAUAUUGUGCCAGGACGUGACAUGCAGAAGAGAUUGCGCUUUCGUGCUAGGGUAUCUCAUUUUGCAAAAAGCAGGGUCCUUCAUGGACGACCUUGAUCACAGAGCGGUUUUGCUAGGAGAAAAACCAGGACGAGGCGGAGGCCGAGGGAAAGAAGAGCAAAACGAGAACGAAAACGCAGCUAUAGAAGUAGAACCAUUUUUAGGAGGAUCGGAAUCGGAUAUUGGCAGGAUGAAGAACGGAAAUCUGGCGGCCCGGACUGCAGAUGGUGCUGAUCCUUUGCUUUCCGUGUUCGAAGCAUCUUCAUUAUCAAGUAGUGGAGGAGAGAACGACACGCCGCCUCUGGUCUUUGAUUUUACCCCAGAUGCUCCCAAGCAAGAUGAACAGCAAGAAGUGAUGACAGACGGACAGCAUGGAAACAGCGGGUAUAAGUAUAACAUACCUUUGGCUUUAGAUCAGGACAAAGACGACAGCACAGACGAUCAGGAACUGAGUUUCGUCUCAACAUGGGUUACGCCACCCUUGAAUCGCGAAGGCUUUUCAUCCAUAGCGCAUACAGUAUCAGGUCUGGGCUUGCCUGGUCGCGUUUUUGGUAACUAUGUCUUAGCGAAGAACGGCAGUGCCAGUGCUGGUGGGGGUAGUAUAAGACACAAUGGCUAUCAUGGUGGUGCGAUGGGUGCGGUCAGGGGAGGAGCUGCUGGAGGUGGGAAUCCAAUCAUGUUCGUCGCAGAUCCGGACAUCAUACACGUUUCGCUCUGUGCUUUGGAGGUGCUCUUUGAUGUUUCUGUCUUGCAUGUCUUUUUCUGUCAACAAGGCACUGCUAAUAUCGGAGGUGGAGUGGACCACUCAUCUUCUAGUUGUAGUACCCAGCAACCACAGGAACCUCAAUCAAGUCGAGGUAACAUGAGCACCAGGUCGUGCCUGCCCUUACCAGGUCGACAAGAAGCUCUUCGAAAUUGGCAGCACUUUGAGGAAGCCGACAUCCGGAGACAACUUUCUGAUCUCUUAUUAUGGUCAGCUUUUUUCCAUCUUCGUCCUCGGCAUCUUCUUGGUCCUCUUUUGCCCUGUAGCAUUCCCAUGAAUGACAAGGAGAAAGAGGACGAGAUGAGAGGACCGAGAUGGGUCGGGCCUGACUCUAAUCCUAUCCGACACGGGUUCCGCACUCUACACUUCCGCCUCUGCUCUGCAUGGCUUACGGCGGAACCGAUAUCACAUUCCCAAAACUGGAGAGCAGGAAACCAUUCUCCAGACAGGCACCCGUUUAUUAAGGCUGUAGCUAAUCCAUCUUUGGAGGCAUCCUUGAGACGUAUGGGGGAGCAUCACAAGGGAAUGCUCCCCCAUAUUUUUCAGAGAUGGACUUUUUGAAAGAUGAACUACGGACAGUUCUAAGUUUACUUGCAAAGAUGGACCUCUGGGGAAGGGUCGCUGGGUCUCAUAUUCUCAACGGAGCAGGAGGACCUCCAGGCCCAGCAGGACCUGGAGGUGGAGAGCAGUUCUUGUCAUCUUGUCUUGAUAUUGAUUCACAUCUUGCUCCCCUCUCAGCACCGCCAGCCUUCGCCGCGACAUCACUUUACGGCUUCCUAGAAGCUUUGAAGGACGAAAUGGACGCACAAUACGAUCAACAUCUUGUACCCGAUCCACGUGAUGACGUAUGCGACACUUUUGGUUUUUGAUGAUAAUCAUGAUGUUGCUCUCCUUCGGUCCGUAAAUUUUUUCAACAAUGUUGAAUCCACCCAUCCCUUGUACUCUUUCCGUUUAUCGACUUCCCCCUAUUCCUUGGUAUGUAGAUGAUGUACUAGUAGUACUUACUUAUGUUGAUAAUUCGCGUUGUAUAAGUAUAAUACUUAUUUCGGUAUUAUAGUAGUACUAUAGAAUUUUAGAGUACGCAUUGAUUUUGAAGAUCCUUUAUCUAUUUGACAUUCAUACUUCGAUGAGCAUCGAUCCUGAAUGAAGCACUUUCAUGUGUGAUGACGGACCCCAUUCACCACUGAUACAACUCAUGAGCAGAAGGCUCCCAUUCCACCAUUGAUAC